ACGUGCUAAGAGGAAAGAAACCAUUACCACUGCUGCAGAUCAAGACAAAACUCGUGGGUAAUGUUGAUGGUAUAGUCUUUGUUAUGUAAGUAGUCAAAAGGCUAGGAGAAGCUAAACUGCUUUCAUAGCAUGAUGAAACAGGGCUUGAAAUUAACUUUUUCAUUCUUUGGUCACCAGUUUCAGCAUGGCGUCAAGGCAGUAUGGCAGAUUUGUCGAAAGAAAAUUCUAGUACACUGACGAAGCUCCUUUAUUUAUUCGUUUCCUGAAGUACUUGUAAAAUUUUUUUAAAGACUUUUUCAGACUGAAAUCUUCAUACACCAUGGGGACUUUUCCAGGCAUUGUCCCUAAAUUUAGCUUUACUUCUUUGCCAAAUCCUAAAGUACUUCUUACUUGAUGUUCGAUGUGUCCAACAGUUUGUUUGAUCAGUUUCCUUUGUACGAUUUUACACUUCGCUUUUUUAAUGUUUGCCUGUAUGUUCAUUCGCACAAGGCUCAACACAAGAGCAAACUGCAACAUGAAGAAACCUAAAAAAUACUCUGUCAUAAAAAAUACUAGACUAAUUGUCAGAAGGCUAGACUUGAGAAAUCAAAAGUAAGACACUAUCAACACCUUACAACUGACAAACUAGUGUACGACUUUGGCCUAAUAUCGUGCGAUGAAUUAACUAAUAUUAAGGUGAACAUAGAAGACAAGAAACUAACACCAUUAGAUCUAACAAAGAAGGUACAUAAGAAGACAUUGGACAAACGAUGUACGGGAAACAUUAAGAAGACAAGACUUUACAGUGGCACUAGCCAGCUACGGAGACCUGUAAGGAGAACGUAAGAAAACGGUUAAGUCUAGCAUCAUAAUAGGAGCAAACCCAAAUACGUUAAAAUGUGUACAUUCUAAGUCUUGCCUUAUCUACGCGUACCUCUAACGAAGUGUAAUUUGUCUGGUGGGGUUUGAGUUGCUGGACGACGCAGAGAGCUUAUUGUUUUACCGCUGGGAGAUGCAUUGCUACAUUAAUUAGAGAUCCUAGACAAGGGGUAUCUUAUUGAAACAGAAGAUGACAGGCCAACUGGUGACCAGGUCUUAAAAUGUAGUCUUCAGAACCCAAAUUUUAAUCACAUUGGCGACGAGCGAGUCCCAAUUUUGAGCUCUGUGAAAAUGAACAAUGAGGAAGUCACGUCAACUGUUUCUUCGCCAGCGACGUAGCCUGAGAAAACAGCUGACCUUUUGCAAUGACACCACUGGUUUUCCCAUGAAAGAAAGGAGCGAAGAAAUUCCCUACUGAUGACGUGUUACUACCCAGAUCUGGGUGGUUCUUCGGAUUGGAUGAAGCAAAUUUUCAACUAUUCAGAGGCACUAUUUUAUCAGGCUACCAGCGAUACUGAAGCCGGGAGUGAAAGCGCUCCAUGGAGACUUUCAAUUUGGCCUCAGGGAGACAAACCACUUGGAAAGCAGACUGCCAGGGAAAUCAACAGACCCACGUAUUUGUGACUGGAGGAGUGGAGGUAAAAGAAAGAUAAAGGUGUUUGUGGUCAUUUUUUCUCGUGUUCUCAGAAUGACAGGGACACUUUCAGGUGCUAUACAAACUCCAACAGGUAUUGCCAUGAUGGGCGAACUGGGACAAGGCAAAUUGGGCUGAACAGUGACUACUAUUCCACCACUGGCAGGUGAUUUGGAUUGCAGAACACCCGAUGAUUAAGGCAACAUGCUCAAACGUCCACCAGGCAGGGUACGCAUAAACUCCCCAGCAAGAUGUUAAUUAAAAGGAUGGGAUCUCGUGGUUGACCAAUGGACUAGUUUUAUUGUAGCCAUGUGCUUGCAAAAACUUGCGCCACUUUAUUGUUGUCAUAUUAAAGUCAGCUGUAUCUUACAUGUGCAUGUGCACUAGUGGUUUGCUUACUCCAUGCAGUCUUGUCUGUCGUUUGAGACACAGUUUAUCAGCAAUGGUUUUUACCCGCCUACCUUAACACAAUUGUUGUCUCCUUCUCCAAACAAAGUAAGAAGACUGACUGAUCACUGUGCGCUUGUUGAAACGUCUUGCAUAAAAUCACAAUGCCUGCCACUCCCAGAGCUCCAAAGCAGUGGUAGCUGAUGACCAUUACCUCCUGUGGUCUUCUGUUUGAGCUUGCAAGGUGCUCAACUAGGCACUCCCUAGGUAAACAGAGCUGCUGGACCCCCUAGAUCAAGCCGCCACAGGAACCGAAUCCAGAGAAAGACUUGUGUGCUCUUGCAGGCUACUCCUGGCUUUCAAGACCGCCAAACAUGCCUUGGAGGGCCACAAGUUUAUCACGAUUCCCCAGCCUGGUGAUGCUUUGUGGAUCUUAACUAAUGACUCCGUGAGCAACAGAGGCAUCGCAGUCACACUGUAUGUACACCAAAUAACCAACUGCUAUUGGUUGGGUUCUUCGCUGUAAAGCUAUGCAAACAUCAAGUGACCUGGCUACCAUGUGAGAUUAAAGCCCUGGCCAUAGGUUUAGUAAACACAACUGAUCAUGUUUAAUAGUCGAAAUCGAAAUUGCUUACUGACAAAAAUAUUCCCGCGUCUCGGGUUACUUGAUGAUGCAAAUAAGAUCACGUGACUACAAUAUUACGUAGACAUCAAUAAAUUAACAUAAAUUAUAUAAAAAUGUUCACAACACUCCCCAGGGUUGCAUCACGACUUCGUGAUAAAACGCUUUGACUCAACAGUAUAAAUCUUGAAUGUCCACUAUUCAAUAAAUGUCAAAAGAGCUUCGCCGUCUACAAAGUUCACUGUUUGAAAAGACACAAUUUUGAAUUCAUCUCAGGUACAGUUCAGUUCAAUGUUCACUCAGAAACUUCAACAGGAAUUAAGUCCUGUAUCACUCUACGUAAUACUUGUGGCUUUCGAUCCCCUUUGCCAGCAACCUUGACCUUUGCUGAUCGAAUCUGACCAUCUCUACCCGGUAACAGUUCUUGAACCUUUGCCAGUUUCCAAAAUGUUCUUUUCGUCAGAUCAGACUUCACGAUCACAAUGUCACCUACUGAGAUUGGGCUUUCCUUGUUUUGCUUCUUACAUCUCUCAUUAGAGCGCUCUCGUAGACUCAAAAGAUACUCGUGCUGCCAUCUCUUGGUGAACUGAUGCAGUUAUCGUUGGUGAUGCUUAGCUCUCUUUGUCAAGGUCUGAUUAACACUAACAACUUCGAAAUGCUGGUUACUUGGUGCACUAGUAAUUCGUCUACCAGUAAUUAGAUGAGAUGGCGUAAGUGGAGUGGAAACUGACUCUUCGUCAUCAUAGACAUAUGUUAACGGUCGUACAUUUACGAUUGCUUCGAUCUCCACCAUUGUGGUUUGUAGCUCAUCAUAGUUUAACGUAGAGCGUCCCACUGUUUUCUUCAAUGGUUGCUUCACAACUUUAACCAUCCGUUCCCAAAAUCGUCCUCGAAUAGUGGUUAAGGUGUCCUUGAUACCACUGUGUUUAAUCUUGGAGUGCACAUCCUGGAUGAUGAGACUAGUUAGUGGGUGUUUAGACGGAAGUAAGAUUGGAUUCUUGCUUUCUUCAGAGAGCGGUGCAUUGUUUACUCUCCCCUUGCAUCUGAUGAUUUGUUGGUUGUCAAGGAACAAGUUGAAUUGCGUGACAUAGACGGGUGGAAAUGUUCCCCUUUUGCUUUGAAGAAAUUCGAGUUCUUUGGCAAAUGAGGCUUUCUGUACAGUCUUGAUCCACAGCAUUUCAGCUUGAUUUAACUCUUGAGCAUUAAGUUCCCUUUUUGACGAAUGUUCUGGUAGCUUGUGAGUUUCACGGUUUGAUACACUGUUCUUCGCAUUACCUAUGAACCGUAAUAGGUAGGCUGUCACGCGGAAUAAUCGUGUUACACUGCAGUAUCGUUCAAUGUCAAUGACUUGACUGAGAUUGAUUGAAUGGUCUUCUGACUCUGUCGUGACCAGAGAGUGCGUGACACUCACAGGGCUUUUUAGAACUUCUUGAAGGGCUUCUUCGUCAUCAGACAAAGCACUUGUUUGGGGCGACUCAGGCCAAUGUUCUCUCACUAACUUCAGAAACUUGGGCCCAUUCCACCAUGUCUGGUUUUGUGCUAAUUGCUCUCCUCCACAUCGUCGUGAUGGUAGAUCAGCGGGGUUCAACUCCCCGGGACAGAAAUUCCAGUUGGCUUCGUUAGUUAGUUCUCGUAUCCUGCUGACCCGGUGUUGUAUGUAAGGUUUCCAUGCUUUGGCAUUUUUUAUCCAACACAGCGUGGUGAAUGAAUCGGUCCACAAAAAUGUUCCUUCAAUUGGAAGAACGGAUUGUAACGUUUGCUGCGUUGAGUGAACUAGUUGGGCUAGCAAUGCAGCUCCUAGCAGUUCCAACCUGGGAAUUGACUGACGUUUACUCGGCGCUACUCUCGUCUUGGAUGUCAUGAUGUUGACUUGGAUUUCACCAUUGCUGAAUGCGGUUCUCAGGUACACAAGAUUAUUUAGAUUAUUUAUUCAAAACUCGGUAAAAUCUUCAGUAAUAAUAGAGUAAAAAUCUAAUCACAAUUAAUUAGACUAAAAACUAUCGACAUACUGUUUUACAAGACUGCCGAGUGAGAGUCCGACGACUCAAAUACAUGUUUGAUUUGCUCUUUAAAUUUCCUGACUGAUUUAGUUUCUCUCACAUUUUCGGGUAAAGAGUUCCACAACAAAGCACCGCUGUAACUGAAACUUCGUUUCAAGUAGUUAGUACGCGGCCUGGGCAACGUCAAUUUAUGAAAGGAAUUGCGCAAAUCAUAGUCUGUGCUUCGUUCGUGAAAUAGGUUCUGCAAGUACACUGGAGCUUGUGCAUUUAGAGAUUUAAACAUCAUUAUUGCUUUAUGCUUCUUUCUCCUUAUAACUAAUUUGUCCCAUUUGAGUAUAUCAAGAAGCAGGCUCGAGCUAGUCCCAUAGUUGGCCUUUAAAAUUACUCUAGCUGCACGGUUCUGUAACUUUUGUAAUUUGUCACUCAGUUGAUCACUUAAGCCAUCCCAAACAAGGCUACAGUAAUCAAAGUGAGGUUGAAUUAAGGAGUUAUAGACUAGUACCGCAGUAGAUUGGGAGAUAAGGGGCCUAAUACGUCUAAGGGCACCUAUAGCCGAAGUUACCUUCUUACACAAUUCGUUAACAUGAUUAGACCAGGAAAGCCGAUUGUCAAUAAUGAGACCUAAUGAUUUUGCGUGAUCAACAUUGCUGAUAACUUGGUCUUCUAGUUUGAUGUUUAUUUCGUUAUGGCUUUCCGCGAGAAGCUUCUGGCGAGAGCCAAUAACCAUAAACUCGGUUUUCGCAACAUUAAGACUAAGCUUAUUGGCUUUUAGCCAACAGUGAAGGUUCAGUAGUUCUAAGUUAGUCUCUUGUUCAAGGUCAGCUAGAGAGGAACCAGAAAUGGUAAUAGUUGUAUCAUCUGCGAACAUUUUAGCGCAUGCUGAAUUAAGGCAGUUUGGAAGAUCGUUUAUAUAGAUUAAGAAGAACAAAGGACCGAGAAUACUACCCUGUGGGACUACUCCCUGUGGGACAACAGCUGCAUAGGCUCUUUUCGACGCAUCUGAAAAUCCAUGGAUCUGAUAGGAGCAUACUGCUGACUGCGCUGGUGAGUAAUUGGCAUAACAUCGGGGAACUCGAAUGUUCCUCAGAGCAUUUAGGUCAUUAAUGAACGUUUUCCACUUCGCUAAAGCUUCUCCUUCCAAGUUUUCAUCCCAAUUGACCCUCUCAACACAUAAAUCUUGAAAAAGGACUUUCAUGCUUAUUGUAAAUGGAGUUAACAGUCCGAUCAGAUCAAAGAUUUUGGCUGACAGUUUCAAAACACAUCGUUUGGUAGCUGGAAGGGCUUCUGCGUACUCAAUCAACUCAGAGAGGUCAUAGCGAAAUUCAUCUCGAAUGACAUCCCAGUAAAUCCCGAGAAUCUUCACCAAUUGCUCUGUUUCCAGUUUAUCAUCUUUGGCACUAGAUGACUCUUCUUUCUUGAGAUUUUGUGUACUUUCACUUUCUUUGGGAGGGGAUUCCCAAACUGACGGUCCUCUUCUUUCUUCAUCCUGCUUGAUUUUUUCGCGGAAGGACUGACAGUUAGAAUUCCACUUACGCAGUGAGAAUCCUCCAUCUUUCAUGAUUUCCUCUGCUUUGUCGUACAAGUUCACAGUUUCAUUCUCGCGAAACACUCCUCCUGCCAGAUCAUCAACAUAGAAGCUGGAACUUAACAAAGAUGUUACUUCUGGUUCCUUUUCUUUGUACUUGGACAGAUGGAGUUUUAUGGUACUUGCCAGGAUAGCUGGACUUGGAGUUAAGCCAAACACAAGCCUUCGAAACUGGCAUUGCUUGAUUUGCGGACGAUCUUUCUCAAUGUCAUCGAACCAUAGAAACCUCAGCAUACUUCUGUCUUCUGGGUUGAUCUGUAUCUGAUGGAAGGCCUUUUCGAUGUCAGCUACUACAGCAAUUGGAUACCCUCGAAACUUAACCACAAUAUCAAAUAGGUGUGGCACUAAGUUCGGUCCUUUCUCUAAACACUCGUUAAUUGAAGCAGUUGACUUGUCAGAUUUGGCUGAACCAUCAAAUACAACUCUCAAUUUUGUAGUUUCCCGGUUCGACCGAAUUACGCCAUGAUGAGGUAAGAAAUGCAUUGGAGCUUGGUCGUAGUUGUGUUCUGGUACGGCUUCGAUUAUCCCGGAUUUGACUUGAUCCUUGAUCACAUUGUCAUAAUCUCUCAAUAGUUCCUUGUUUUCUUCAGUCGCGAGUGAAGCUGUCUCAAUCUUGUAACACACAAUUCGUACUCGUUUGAAGCAGGAACAAGGCCUUCCUUCCAAGGCAGACCAACUUCGUAUCUUCCUUCAUUCUCAUUGAAAUGAAUACUCUCCAGGAACUCUCCACCAUCUGACUGUGACACGGGUGGCUUCUCUCGUACUCCUAACGACUCAAUGUCCCAGAAUUUCUGCAAGGCAUUACAUAACUCAUCGUUCUCACUAUGACUGAUGUCAAAUGGGCUCAAGGUCAUCAAUUCCGGCCUCUCUAUGAUGAGAUUUGUAGUUGCAAACUUCUCUCUUGAUUCUUCAGCACUUGUGGGACCAGACAAGACCCAUCCGAACAUGCUGCUAACUGCUACGGGACCACUGCAGCCACGAAUGACAUCCCCAGACACAAUAUCGAAAUAAUAAUCAGAUCCAAUUAUCACAUCUAUGUCCUGUUUACCUGUUUCAGCAAUGCUCAUGUCAGCAAGCUCGAGACCUUGCAGAUGUACGUGGUUGUCGAUGUUAACUUUAGCUGACACCGCCGAGCAAAUCUUCGGGAAACAUAGUGCAGAUAUCUUGAUUUCUCCUUGAGAUCCUUGCAACCGCAAGUUCACAACAUCACAUUGUUGCUUCGUAUAUCUUUCGUCUCCAAAGGUGUUAAGAUGCAAUGUUUCUGACUUGACAGGGGACAGAUUAAGCCUCGAUUUUAAUCUGGUUGUGAUGUAGGUGCGUUGACUUCCGGUAUCCAAAAGUAUUCUAACUGGUGCGGCUUUAGAACUGACAACAUUGACAGCCAUGGCUUUCGCUGUUUGUAAGAGCACAGUUCCCUUUGCCUUGUUGCUCACUGUUGUUGUUGUCGUUGUCUCUUCGGCUGAAACUUCUUUUGGUUUCGGUUUCCCUUGGUCAAGCAUUGAACAAAUCGACUGAUGAUGCCGCUGCUGGCAGUGUCGGCAUUUUUUGGGAUUCGUGCAGUCUUUCGCACAGUGAUCAAAACGCAAACAAUUGAAGCAUCGUUUAUACCUUUCCAAAAUACUUCUUCGUUGAGCGGUAUCUUUUAACACACCACAUGAUGCAGAGUAAUGCUCGUUUUGACAAUAGGCACAUUUGAUUUUGAAGUUCCCACCUUGCUGAGAGACGAGUGAAUUCGCGGUUGGCGUUUGAUUUCGAAACUUUGAAUCACGGCCGGGUGGUUGAACUUUCCCGCCUUCGCUUGUUUUCGCCAUGGUCAUCUCGCUUGCUUCCCGCGCUUCGACUUCAACCUUCAUCACGUUUAGCAACUCCUCCAUUUUCCAUACAGAAUCCUUAGAGUUCCUGGCUAUCUGCAAUCGAAUCUCAGAUGGCAACUUUGACAUAAUAACAGGAAUUAGGAGACUUCCAUAUUGAUCUGAAGUUACGCCGAGCGAUGCCAAACCGCGGGAAUGAACACAAAUUUGAUCGUAGACGUAUCGAAGACUGGCUGGGCGAUCAUUAGAACACGGCGAAACCUUGAGAAGCUGAUCCAUAUGUGCGCUGAUGAUUUGUUGGGGACGCCCGAAACGUUCUUGUAAUAAUUUGACUGCUGCGUUGUAGUUCGCUUCGGUUAAGGUAAGACCCUGAAUAGCUCGAGCGGCGGCCCCUUCAAGGACAGAAUUGAGGUAGUUGAACUUGUCGAUGUUGGAAAUCCCUUCGUUACGAUGAACCGCCGAUUGAAAUGAAUCCCAGAAGGUAUUCCACUUGGUCACAUCUCCUCUAAACUUCGGCAGGUACAACUUCGGUAAUCUUGCACGGACUGCAUUUUGAUUCACUGGCUGUGAUGUCGUUUGAGGAGAUCCCAAGUGUUGCUGGGUUGGCAUGUUCACCUUGCUCGCAUUCUCGAUUUUGCGUUUUAGACGUAUAAUUGAGGCAGUAAAUUCUUCUGACUCUUCGAUUUCUUUAUCAAUCGUUGUAACUUCGCAUAAAGAUAAUACCUCUUGGUCCAUUUCGCUAAGCGACUCUUGUUUUCCAUCCAAGAGUUGUCUCAUAACAUUGAGCCGUUCGUAAUCCUUGUCUUCGCUUUGCAACAUUUCGGUGAAUUCUUGAUCCAGUUUCGAUACAUAUCGUCGGUGUCCUUCACGUAUAACUCGCAGUCGUUCCAAAUUCGAUGUAUUCGCUUGCAUACUCGAUGUACUUGAUAUCUCGUGUGUUUUUUACUUCGGUUUACCCUUUUUGGGAGGCAUUGCGAUCGAAAAUCUGCCCCACGUUGGGCGCCAUUUAGUAAACACAACUGAUCAUGUUUAAUAGUCGAAAUCGAAAUUGCUUACUGACAAAAAUAUUCCCGCGUCUCGGGUUACUUGAUGGUGCAAUAAGAUCACGUGACUACAAUAUUACGCAGACAUCAAUAAAUUAACAAAAAUUAUAUAAAAAUGUUCACAACAAUAGGUAUGGCAAUUCAACAUAUCAUUCAACAUGUUCAUGUCAUCCAGUCUUCUCAUCUGAUGGUAGUUCUUACAGUUAGUAGUCCUUGUGUCCAUGCCAAUGAGAAGCUCAAGAGAGAGGAGUUCUCCACUAGUUCCAGAGCCACUACCUUUCUGUUAACAGUCAGCCACUAUCUUUUUUAUGUGCUCCUUAUUGCUGGGGUUGAGAAUUUUCCUUCUGACUUUGGAAGCAGAAACCCAUGAGAGUGCCUCGAGUCUAGUUGCCAAAACUGCAUGUGUCUCGUGGAGUUGGAAAAUUCUAUAGUGCGCAGCAUUUCAGUGAGUGAAGUCCUCAUGGCUCUGUAAGAAUGCCCCUCCUAGCAGUGCUGCAUGGCAAGCUGCUCAACUGUGGUACCCUCACCUCGAGCAAAUUCAUACCCAAGUCAGUGUACCUGACCUUCAAAGAAACCCCCAAGACGUGAAACACUACUCUUAGGCUGUUAUCUUUGUUGCUGAUGCACUUCUUGUUGUACAAGGCCACCCUCCUUUACAGCCUCCUCACAAACGGGUAGUUGUCCCUCUUUCCAGUCUUGCAGCCUUCUAUCAGCCAUUCUCAUCGUUUUAGCCACCCAUUUAUUGAUUUAAAUACCAAAGAAAGUGUCUUCUUUAGCUCUCGACCUCAACCAGCCAGUGGACACUGUAUCUUCCUCAUGUAACAUCUUUCUCUGCUUGAAGACCAUCCCUUAACAUCUUUAACCACAUUCAACCUCCAUUGCCCUUCCACUCAUUGGCUUUUCAUUUGUGGCGAGUAAAAGCUAGAAGACCUCAGCAAUGAUAUCAUAGUCCUUUGCUCUCGGCUACUUGGCCUGUGAGAUGGAGGAGUGACCGUGUGUGUGGAUCCUGCCCCUGGCUUCCUGUCCUUACCAAAGACAAAGUACUCGCCUCUUAUGGCAUAACCCUGGAUACAAGGCCUAAGAACUCUGACAAAAACUCCUUGGGGUAAAUGGCGAUGGAAGAACUUGGAUUGGAACCCCUCAUUUUUAUCUCCAGAGAAGGCUACUGUCUCACAGGUUAUGCUCACCUUGGCAACUGCCACUAUGAAUUCUUGCAUUCACCGUGAUGGACUCUCCGCCCAUGUGCUCUGGCCACAAUGCAAUGAGUUUAACCAGUUAACAGUUAUCCAUUGCUGACUGCCAAGUUACUCUCCACUGCUCAACCACUUGCCAAGUGCCAAGUCCUAGGCCUUUGGCUUUAGUUAGGCCUCUGCAUCUCCCAUCCUUGGUGGCGAGCUUGUGUUUAUAGACAAAGACAAAGCUUGAGAGAAUAAUACCGUGGUUGGCAUAGAGCCAGGCCAUUUCUACUACAUCUCAAAGUCUACAAGCAACCAGUUUCGCAGCAAGAUUACACACUAUCUCACACUAUUCCCAUGUAUGGUUGCGUCCCUGUAACUCCAACUGUACGGGCUCAGUCCCCACAGGGGCCCUUCCAUGAUUAGUCCAGCUCCAUUCCAUCAAACUCUGACAGUGAAAGUGUUCCUGCUGUCCCCUUACUGAGAUCUACCAUAGUCCUUGCCACUCCCCAUGUGGGUUCACAUACAGCUGUUUUGGGCACCCUGCCCAGUGACUCGUUGUGCAGUAUAGAGCUGAAACAGCAGGCAACCAACACUGCAUAAGCAAAAGACACUGCAAAGGACUGCAACUGAGUGACAGUGUAUAAGGGUCACAAGGUGCCCCUGCUAAGUGCAAAGGGUUGCCCUAUGGAGAAAAAGGGAAACUGCUGGCUAGUGUUGGUUAGAGGUUAACUUUGGCUAACUUACAUUUGAUGAAGAGAGUAAACCACUUUUUUUUCAGUAAGCCACAUUAGUCUGUUACCUAUUCUUGUUUAAAUAGACAUGCACAUUUACUGCGUUUUCAAAUAGUCGUAAAACAUUUCCUUAAGCAUUACUGGGUUCAAAUCUCCUAUUUUUCAUAUCAGAUAUUUUGAGGCCUUAAAUGCGUAAGGGAAAGAUUUAACAACAGUUUAAAAUUUUGAAACUUUACAAAGACGUUUAUGGAAAGUCACUCAACCAUGACUGGGUGGCAAAAGUUGUUUUUCCCAUACAAAUCCCUCUAAUUUUCUGUGGCCAGUGUAGACGCUACUUUUAAGAUGUGCGGCUACAAAUUUCCAGGUCACCUAAUUUUAACUUGCUUUUCCAGUUUCUUUUUUUGAAGAAACUUGUCCAAAACCGAACUGUUUUUGUGUUUUCAGAAAGUUGAUUGUGUAAUCAACUAUUGCAAAAGGCCUAUUGUGGGAUAUUUUUGCUUGUCCCUUGCAUUUUGUCUCACCCUACGGGCUCACCAAAAUACAGCGUGACUUGUCAAAAUAUGCUACAAUACUACACGUAAAACUGCCUUUUCGUGCAUGUUACAUUAAGACUGAAUCAAAGACAAAACAUAGAGCUUGGAGGUGGUAGAAAGAUUAUUGGUUGUGAAGGACACUGAACUGGCUUAUGAAAUCCUUGCAGGUGCUUUUCAACACAGGGGAAACAGUAGUACAUUUUAGGCUUCGUGUGAUAGAAUAUUCUCCAUGCAAUAAUUGCUGGCCUGAUGAACCAGUGAAGAGCUCAUUUAUUGCUUCACGCUCACUUGGUAUGCUCAAGAAAUUUCAUUGUGUCUUGAUUGCAACUCCCGUGUACCAAAGUUAGAUUUCUUCCCCACAGUGCAGUCAGCAGAUGCCAUUUUUGAAUUCUGUAUAUAUUUACUUUUUUCCAAAAGAAUAUUCUUGUACUAGUUAACGUUGCUGUUGAAAUUAGUGUAUUAUUUUUCACUCUUACUUUAAAAUCUGUUGUUAUAUCAUGACAAUUUUAUGUACUGCAAUCACCUUCUUCUUCCUUCAAUUCUUCCUUAUAUUUGUAGCCGUAAUAUCCAAACUUUUUUGACAGAAAACUAAUAGUAAUUCCAAGUGACCAACUAAUAACAUAGUCACAUUGUAUUUCAGCUCAGAAAAGGAGACAGGAGUGAUAAACAUUUAUGAUGGAAGAGGGACAAGCACACCUCUCCACAUCCUAAAUCUGCAUACUAAACCUGUCAUGUUUAUCAAGGUAUCAAUUACUACAUGUAGACCAGAGGCAACUGAAAAAAAUGGAAGUUGUGCUUGAGCAUAACAUAGAGUGGAGUCUUGAUUAUCCAGAUGUUUAGCUCUGGCACCAGAUUGAGUCAUAGAUAUUGACAAACCAUCAUUAAGUUCCAUAGUUAUUUAACUUAGUGCUGAAACUGAGCUAUCAUUUAUGGAGCUAUUAUUUAUGUCACAGAUGGCAGUUUAUGAACAGUUUUAGUCAGGGUUCAGUGCUGUAAGUAGCAAUGAGAAAAAGAAUAACAUCACCAUUUACUGCCCCCCCAAAAGACUUACCUAUUGAUAAUAAUAAUAAUAAUAAUUGUAGUUACAUUAUUAUUAUUAUUAUUAUUAUUAUUAUUAUUAUUAUGAUAAUAAUAAUAAUCAUAAAAGGUUAUUCUUUGUAGGACUUUAUCAACUGCAAAUAGUGAUUUCCUUUGUCUCUCUUCUUGAAUAAUAAACACCUUUACACUGCAUCCAUGUAACAGGGGCACCCAACCAGAAUAUAGUUUAAAACCACUUAAACAUAGCAUUGUUGAACGUAUUUUAGUAUUUAAACGGUAGAUAUAGGCAUAUAUUUAUCCCUAAAAAUUUUUCAUCAGUCCGGAUUUCCUAGCUGAAAGUCUAUUUAUCCGAAAAUUAUAGGGAUCAAAACUUAUCUUUUCGAAAAUUUCAGGCAGAAAAAAGGCUCCCGAAAAUUCUAGUUGACGUUUUUAGGGUAAAAAUCCGUUAAAAAUAAGCAAUUAUACCAUUUUUUAGAUGUUAGAAAAUCCUAGGAGAGGCAGGCAAGCAAGAAAUUUUACAACGAAAAUUCUAGAUCUCAUAAGUUGUCUUCCGAAAAGAUAUUUUCCAAAAAUUGACGUUGGGUGUCCCUGAUUUAAUUGAGAUUGGACUUGCCAGCAUGAACUUGUGAGGUUGAAUUAAUCCUGCAACUAAAUGUUAAUUUUGGCUGUAUUUGGCAGUACAAUGCAGUUUAUGAUGUGGCCAUAUCAGCUGAUGAGGCUGGCAUAGUGGAGUAUUGGUCUGGCCUUAAAAAUGAUGUGCAGUUUCCCAAGAAUGUUAAUUUUGAAUAUAAAACAGACACCGAUCUGUUCGAAUUUAUUAUGGUAAGUGAACUAAGUGGUAAAUUUAAAUGACAUUGAGGAAAAAUUCUUUAUGUGCAACUUACAUCAGUUAAGUUAUUUUCACAGUAUCAUGCAAUUUAUAGCACGCAUUGAAAUGCCCAUAAUGUGUUCAGCAAACGCUUGCAAAUAUCAUUACUGCUACAGGCCUUUAAAUAACGGCCGGUCAACUGACAAUGUCCGCUCAAAAUGGUUAUUGUCCAGUCAGAUCGUAGGAUGACCAUUCAUUUUUUUUCUAAUCCUUACCGUUAGCAGAAGCUGCACAGCAUUUCCAAAAAGUAAAUUAAACGCUUUUUCUUUUCAAUCAUCAUAGAAAAGCUAAAUGUUAGCUUCACUAUCCAUUCUUCUCCUCUUUUGUCCUUCUCAAGUCUCAGGCUUUCUCUGUUUGUUUACACAGUCUUAUCAUUUUGUUUGUUUGUUUUUUCUAUGCUUUCUUUCUUGUAUGACAGGUUUUUUGUUUGGGUUUAGCCUAGUUUUUUUAACGCUUUUCCUAUGUCAGAUUGUUGGUGGGGUAUUGGUGUCAUCUGUUUAAUGGUUUUUGUUAUAUCAAAAACUACUUUCAUUGUUAUAUUUCUGCGUAACAGAUAAACUAUACUUCCUAUACAACAAGCUUAAGUCAAUCAUAUACCUAAUUCAAUAAAAGUUGCUUUAGCAAUUGGUCAUUGGCGAUUGGGCAAUGAGCAUUUGAGCUUACAGAACAAUGUAAUGAUUUGCUUGAGAGACCACCAAACAAUAGAUUCCCAGUGCCCAAUUACCAAUGCUCCAAGCAACCAUUAUUGAAUCAGCUAUACACAGACACAUGCUUUUUCGAGGAGAUGGCAUGGCUUAUUGUCUUAUCAAGGCCCAGAAUUUCAACUCAUUUCCAACUUGCAUUUGGCUAAUGAUAAAAAAUGAUAGUGAUAAUAGAUCAUUUAUCCAGAAUGACCGUUCAGUACCAAGUACUGUUAUCCAUGGGGUCCUGCAAUGAUGUCUGUAAUGAUCUUAAUGAUACUUUACUUUCAGUGUAAGACUAUCCCUGUAUCCCUGUCGUUUUCACCUGAUGGAAAACUGUUUGCUACGUUAGCAACGGAUCGGAAGGUGUGUAUAAUAAUAGUGCACAUUUAGUUGGUUUUCUAAGGAGAGUGUCAUGAAGUAUUAUUCUUAUCCUUAUUUUAUCAUUUCCUUCAUAUUAUAUUGUCUUACUAGGUAAACGUUUUAUUUAUAGUUUUGAUUCUCGGCAACAAGUGAAAUUACUGUAUAAACCUUACUGGCUCAGGUGAUUAUCUGCCGCCCAUCUUGCAGUGUCAGCAGUAACAGACUGUAAUGGAGAGGGCCAGAAUGAUAAUUAUUAACCAUCCAGGUAGAAGAAGAAAGAGCUUCAAGUGGUUCCAUAGCCUUUGCCUUAUAAUUUUAUUUAGUUGGUACUGUACCGUUGGAUGGCCAUCUUUUUAGAUACAUUUUCGUUUAAGGAGUAUAUUAGUAGUACUGUUCAGUUCAUUAACUGAUUGUUUUCUUUACUAGACUUGUCACUAUUUAAUGUACUCUAUUGGUUAGACUUGUGUUACUCUAGAGACAUAAUUAUUAUGUGCAGUAUCGUGGUGCUAACUGCGAAAUAGUCAGGUUAUCAAAGCCAUCAUUUAUAGGUGUACAGUAAUUAGGUUGGGAGCAAUAAGUGUGCAAUGUUCGUUAAAAAAUGCUUUUUUUACAAUGUUUAGGUGAGAGUUUUUAGGUUCCUAACUGGAAAAAAGACAAGAGUCUUUGAUGAGUCACUGAAAGUGUUCACAGAGAUGCAGCAGGUAGGAUAUAAAGUGUGUGAGGACAUCUAGAACUACAGUUGAACAUCUACUAAUGGCCAUCUCUUGAAGUGUUAUUGGCCUGUGGUUUUCCACCGAAGCCCAGGCCCUUUUCAUAUUCUAAAUUUAUUUUUUGUAAUCUUGACGUGCUCUCUCUUAGAAGAGAACGGCACUCGUUCUGCACGAUUGUUGUUAUCUUACACAUUCGUCCAGUUUAAUUGGGACUACAAACUCAGAAUCUAUAAUAUAGUGUCAGGAGAACACUAAAUCAAGCUUCCAGUUUCAUCAGGCCAGGUUGUUCAAUGCAGGGUUAAGAAAACCCGGGUUAGUGCCAAAUUUGAAUUCAGAUAAGAAAGCUUAAAAAGCAAACUCAGUUUUAUUCUUUUUGCCUACAAUUGGAUGAUUGGAUACUCUAAAAAGAAUGGAGAAAAUUAUCCAGGAAAAUGGUUUCAAGCAAACGAAAAAGAAACCCAGGUUAAUAUUUAACCCCGGUUAGCGCGAAUUGGCCUUUGAACAACUGGGCCUGGGAUAAAUGUUAUUUCUGGUAACCAAAUUUCCCCCUCAUCGAAUUCAAGAUAACAGAACUCGCUGGUUUACCGAUCCCAACCAUGGACUGGCAUUUGCCGGACACUCCACAAGUGUUCAAGAGAUUUUACUUGUCUGGUACUACUAACAGAGAAAUCAGAGGAAGAGAAAGUAAGCUAUUUUCUAAUCUGAUGGGAAGAUGAUGGCAACGAACCUGUCAUGGUGCGGAAGAGUGGAACUUGACUACCAAGGGCAGAAAGAAGCUUAGCACCUAGUGGACGCUUUUUAGAACUACCUACCAAGGAGCAAUUUUAGAUACGCAAGAUAAAAACUUAGACUGGAGCCUGAUGAGACCGUCGAUUCAUUUGUGAAGAAAUUCGAAUCCUCAAAGAGAGUGUCACUUUGCAACUCCCGGUGAUCACGCCAUCGAUGCACUUAUUUUCUGUUCUAGUUCAAGACAUACGCAAACAAAGUUUGUCACUCAUCUAAGCCUAACAGGAAACAACAAAGUAAAGGGUGGCUCCAAACAUUUAAUGUCCUCUUAACAGAAACUUUGCCCAGAGAAACAUUUGCAUAACCUGGAGUCCAUGAGCCGCAAGGAGAAUUGUAUUGCUCAUGAACUCAUUUGUAAUCCGGAACCAGUGGCCAAGAACGACAUCCUUAAACAGCAUGUUGAUUUCUUUGAAGGCUUUGGUUAUUUUCAAGGUGAAUUUCCUGUUACAAUUGAUCCUUCAGUUACUUCAGUCGGGCAUCCACCAUGCUGUGCUAUGGAAACUCUCAAUGAAGUUUUGAGGAAGGAACUUGAUUCUCUUGUCGCACAAGGAAUGCAAGGAUAAGCUACCAAGCCAACUGACGUGGUUAACUCCCUUGUUUGUGUCACUGAGAACAACGGAGCGCCUAGACCUAGACCAUAAGGACCUGUACAAGGCCAUCAGGAGGCCUUGCUAUUUUACCCCCACCCCGGAAGAUAUCUUCCCUGAACUAAGCGAUGUAAGUUGUUUCUCAAUCCUCGAUGCCUUAAGCGGUUACUGGAACAUAAAGCUGAAAUGAGGUUUGCUGUGUAUCUCCUUUAAUUCGCCAUUCGGAAGGUACAGAUUUCUGCAUUUACCUUUUGGCCUAAUCAGUGCUCCAGACAUGCUCCAAAGAAUGAUUGAUGAAACCUUUGGAGAUUUACCUGGUGUCACUGUGAUUGCAGACAACUUUGUGUAUGGGUGCAAUGACCGUGAUCAUGAUGAGAAUCUCCAUGCUUUCUUGCAAUGUGCCUGUGACACCAGCCUGCACUUUUACCUGGAUAAGUUCGAGUGUGCCGGCAUCCCGUUCACCAGUCACAUAAUUGGUGAUGAUGGUUUGCAGACUGACUCGCACAAGUUUGACUCCUUACUUUCCAUGGAUCUAUCAACCAGCCUUGUAACCUUGCAGGAAUGUCUCAGGAUUGUUCAGUUGGCCUUCACAACUGCUCACCUCCGGAGUGUCACCAAGAAGACCAGUGAAUUUGUCUGAAGCACUCAACAUCAGUAGACUGUAUCAGUAGCAGUAGACUUUAUCAAGAAAGUGAUCACAACCCCUACUUCGCUGCAAUACCUUGACAGUACCCAGCCAGUUACUGGAGUGGAGUGUUCAGAGGAAACCGUCGCCACCUACAAAAACUAGUGAACCCUUUGAAUUUCCAGUCGCUUUCAAAUGAGGUGCCUAAAGAAAGAGCUUGUGUCCUGCAGUUCCUCUACAUUAAUGCUAGUGGUGCCUGUUCCCCUGCUAAAAAACAGACCCUCUUUCUGUUACAGAUUCUCCUCCUCAGUGAGGAUCCACUAGGAGAGUGGAAGCCUCGGAAAGACUGAACUUAUGAUUGCACGCAUUGUUUAAUUUUCUCUCUGUACAAUUAGGAAAGUGAACUGUUCAGCACUGGUAAAGCAUUUAGUUUCCUUUUUUUUCACAACAUUAGCCUGUGGUUUUCCACCGUAGCUCAAGCCCUUAGUAAAUUUAUUCUUUGUAAUCUUGCACUCAGAAUUAUAAAAUUAGUCUUUGAACACAGCCGUCUCUCCUUGCACGUCGCUGGUAGGGACGUUUUGCAGGAGAGAGGUCUACGAUUGGGUCCCCAAACUUCCAUAAUGAUGACGUCAAUUAAUGUUUACUUAGUUAAUCUGGUAGUCAUGGGGUUCCAGAUUUAAAUUUUUUCGAUUUUUUUAAUUUCUAAUUUCAUUUUUUAUCGUAAAGUUUUGAGUUCUUCUGCAAAGGAGCGGCAGCAAAGCUCAAAUGCUUCUUGUAAAGAAGAAGAUAAUAUUCCACCAAGACUGACUGUUUUUUCAGUAGAGUCUUGGUGUCUACAUUUGAUCUAUUUGACCUUUUAUCUUUUUCUGUCAUCCGUUUACAAUAGCUAAAAGAAUUUAAUUACUUUGUCAACGAAUCACCGCUCGUUGACCAGAUUCCACACAAAUCUACAUCAUCAGGAUGGGACUUUGGGGCCAAAUCACAGACGUCCGUGGAUGCAAAGAGCGAGGGCAGAAAGCUGUAUUCAUCGUUUAAUUUGCAAUAUAACUCGCACUGGUUCUGUAGGUUCAUUGUUAUCUGAUGCAUUCAUCCUGUUUGUUCAGAACCUCAAACAUAGAACCUAUAACACCUCUGAUUAACAAUGGUUACUUUUGCUGUCACAGCAGACAGUCAAUCAGACACUUCUGUCCUUAACACACGAACAACCUAUUAUAAAUGGCAAUUAACAGUCAUAGACAUUUGUUCCACUCUCUUAAAACACUUCUCCACAAGAAGCAAAUAAUGUUUACAAAGUUAUGUACUCAUUGUACUUUAUCCGCCUUGUUAUAUUCCCAUUUUUGUUCUAAGCAUUUGAUUUUCUUUCUUUAACAUAUUUGGAUUGAUUGUCACACAUUGUUGCGCUAUCUUAAGUAUUAAAAGUAUGUAAUGUUCUUUUCUUCACAUAAUGGCCACUUCUAUAGUGUGGUUUCUUCCCUCUGUUUCUAAGGUGAUGUGAUCAUAGAGAGGAUAAACUGUACUUAGACUGUGUAAAAAAACCUGGGCUUUUUUAUUUGCUCGGGAAUCAGUAUUUCCUCAUUAUGGUGUGUCAUCCCAACAUUAUUGCUCUGCCCCUGCAUCUGAUGUUAUAAUGAGGCUUGCAGCACUUCACAAACAUGGUACUUAUUCUAGCAAUUACUUUAAUCUCUUUCAGCAAAAACAACAGCUUCCUGAUAUGGAGUUUGGCCGGAGAAUGGCAACAGAGAGGGACUUAGAAAAGACCAACUCCUUGAAGUUUUCCAACGUAGGUAAUGAGCUUGAAAGUCAAUGAAGAGUAGUAAUAGAAGUAGCAUUAGCAGUAGCAGUUGUUGCAAUAGCGGUAGUAGCAGUAACAGCAGCAGCAGUAGCUUAAGAAGCAGAAGCAGUUGCAGUGGUUACUGUUGCAGUAGCAGCAGUAGUAAUAGCGUUACCAUCAUUGUUGUCACCUAGAUUUAAGGGUGUCAUUUGAUAGCAACAAGAGAGUGCUGAUGACUUUGUGGCCCUCAAAGGAGUCCUACGUGUGUGAAGCUUACUUGACAGUAGCCACCUCACCACAAACUUAGAAAAUUUAGUUUUGGCUGUCGCUGUCCAUGGCCGCUUCUGCUUUUGAAAAUUGUUUUUGAACAUUAAAGUGGUGAACAGUACCCAUAACUGAAAAUUGUGUUUGAUAGCUUGUUCAAUCAAGGCUGUUACUAACCACUAGCUAGAAAGCCAAUAGUAGUUCAUGGCUUACUAAUGAUGAUGAUAUCAUGUUAAAGUAGUAUUUUUCAAGAGUCACCCUCGACACUUGAUGUUGUGUAGUGCUGAUGCCAUGUACAUGCGUAUUGAGUGUAAAUUUGUUCAAAGCUGUGUUAGUACCUGUGGUGUUUUCAAAGUGCACACUAACGUUGUUAGUGAUUUCAUUCACUGAAAUUGUUUUCAUUUUCUCCUUGUCAAGUGUUCGAUGAGAGUGGUUAUUUUCUGUUGUAUGCUACGAUGCUGGGUAUUAAAGGUAAGUCUCAUAUAAGGAUUAAGUAAGAAUAGCAUCUUCUAUAACAAGUAUUUAGUAUGAUAGGGCUUAUUUGUCUUGUGAGUCACUUUGUUUUUAUAGGUGUGUCCCAGGUGUGUGACUGUCAGCUUUGCAGUAUUUUAAUUGUUUUUCCUUUUGUCUUUCUCUGGCUGGUUGCACUGUUAUGGCCAUAUCUGUCCACCAAAACUCUGUUGCCGAAUAGAAUUAAACAGUAUCUGAGUUUAGCUCUGCAAAUGCCUAAAUCAUUGCUGUAGUUGAUGAAGAAAUUCAUGCAACAAAAGCUAUUACCUCCACCUAUCUUAUUAUGGAGUAUUGAAAUCACAAGCAAUUGGCCACGGCAUCAUUUUUUUUUACUUGUGCUUCACAUCCUUUAUAGUGCAUAAGAGUUCUGUGCUCAUAAGUUGUUUGUGCGGACUAUUAAUGAGGUAUUAUCUUGUCUUCCAGUCAUUAAUCUCCACACCAACAGAUGUGUAAGAACAGUUGGCAAGGUAAGGGUGCUGAGACUAUGUUGAAAUUUAUUCAGUCAGUCUUGGUUGGGAGAAUGUAUCGUUAGGAGACUCCUAAAAGUCUAAGUAAAGUUAAUUGAGUUAAGCUACAACUAACAAUCACUUACGAAUAUGUAUUUUUCAAUAGCUGAGCGAUUUUUCUCGCGCAUAUUGGUCGAGAGCUUUGGUGCGCAAGGCUGCGCGGUUUUUUAAGGAACUCCUUAAAGAAUGAGCGUCAAAACCUGUCAAUGUCAUUGUUGAAGGCAAAUCGACAAGAAUUUUCGAUGGCGUGUAACCUUAACGACCGUAAAAAUGACGUCCAAAUGUUCAAAACUUUGCAGUGAAACUAAUCGCCUGCGGCUCGUGGUUAGACUUCAUUUUGACGUCACUUCUAUGGCGGAUAGGAGUAAAGACCAUGGAAAGUUGUUUUCAAUUUGCUAAUUUCAGUAGCUCUUAAGCAAAAUUCCCGUAGCAUGAGACCAGUUUUAUUUCCAGUAAAAUCGUAUUGUUUUUGACCUCAAAACAAUUUCUUCGCCUCAUUUCGUGCACCCCUCACCCAUGAGAAUGGUGCACAAAUAAGGACUUAAAUCCAUUAGAAAUUAUCACUGAAAUUAUUUCAAAAGUUAAGCAAACGGUUCACAGUACCUGAGAUGGGUUUCAUUUGAGAUCAUUCACCUUUAAACAGUAUGCAAAUUGAUUCUCAUGACAACUUUGCUUGACAUACAUGUGUUUCCUUGCAGAUGGAAAAUGUACGAUUUGUUCGGUUAGCACUGUAUCAAGGCAAAGCUAAGAAGGCUAAAGCUGCUGUCACAAUGGUAAUGACACCCAUCAAUAAAAUGGCCAUCUGAUAGUGUCUUUUAUGAUGUUUGUCCAGUCAUGAAGAGAGGCUUUAUUGUUUUCAGGUUCUUGAGUUGUAGGAAAAUGAAUAACGACAGAUAUUUUUUUUAACUACCCUUUACCAAUAUUCUGCAUUAAGGGGUAGUGAUAUGUUUAUUUUCGACUACUGUUUCGCGGUGUAUUAGGUUUUUGCUUACAGAAUUUUUGGUUGUUUGUACUAAAUUGUACAUUUUUCUUGUUAGCCAAAUUGGGUUGGUUUCUUUAGUGUUCACCACAGACUUGCACACUAUACCUGAUAUGCUCAAGGCUUUCCAGUGUCUUGAUUGCAACUGCAGUGUGCUAUAUUAAAGGUUGUUGCAAUGUAACUGUCCGUAUUUCCCAUUGUGAGUUGGACAAGGUUGCAACCAAUGAACAGUACAAUAUAUUAUAAACCAAGUUCUCUUGUUGUCACUAUAGAAUCGGCUUGAGUAACACCAAAUUCAGCCCUAAUUAAUCUACUUGACCUAGUGGCAAACGAAAUGCACUGGAUAGAAUUGCCUGAUAUGAUAUUUGUUCGUCCGCCAAAAUAACUCAACUAAUAAGGCUGAACCAACUAAUCUGAGUGGUUGAGUAACCUGACAGAAUUGAGCAACUUGAUAAAUAUUGCUAACAUGACGAACCUCCCAACGUGAUUUUGUCAUUCUGACUGUUGUGACCAGACUGGCCACUUGUCGAACUGGUCUAUAAAUUUUCCUGACUUGACACAGACUGACUAGCGUGAAUGGCGUGAAUGGACUGACUGGCUUGACUGACACGACUGGAAUAACUAGUUUGCCUGACAUGGCUUGCUUGACUAGCCUGACUGCAGCAACUGGACUGACGAGCCUGAGUGACACUACGGUACUAAGAUGAGUUGAUCGACAAGCCCAGCUGUCAUAACUGGGCUGACUAGCUUUAGUGACAUGACUUAACUUAUUGGUCUAACUGGAUGAACUAAUCUAACUAGGUGGAGAAGUCUAGAAUGACUGCCAUGACUGGGCUAAGGUAGUCUAACUGAAAUGAGCGUGACUGGGUUAGCUAACGCUACUGUUAUUGUAGUAUAGCAUUUUGCAAUGUGUCAUAUAUGGAUUUUAUUUUUCAGGAAAUGGAAGCAUCAGAGAAUCCAUCGCUUCAAAGCGGUAUUCUUGACCCAAUGUUAUUCUGCACAGCAUCCAAGAAAAAUAGGUUUUACAUAUUUUCUACCAGAAUGCCUGAUCUCAGGUGAGCUAUGGGACGAAUAUUCGGGUGGAAAGUGUAAGUUUUUAGACAGGUGUCAUAUGGAGGGCGAGCCAGGUCGAUUGAAGUGUGUCUAUGUAGGACUCCGUUGCACAAAAUGCAUAAAGUAGCAGACAGGGUCGUUGAUUUUACAAGGACAUUAUCAGUUUAUGUUACCCGCCGGUACUUGCACUUUAUAACCGCUUUGAUAAUCCCUAAGAUACUGAUCUUGCAAUCGUGUGAACAGUGAUCAUUUUAUCAUUUCAGUGGUGACAGCGAUCGUGAUGUGUUCAACGAAAAGCCUUCGAGAGAGGAAAUGCUUGCAGCUACUCAGGUAAGAUUUAAGAAUAACCGUUGCACUCACGUAAACCUGCAAUUGAUGCUAAGCUAUGACAAUCCCCUCUACGGUCAUAAGUCUGUUGGCUUUCUUUUUACCUGCAAAAAUGCUGCAAGACGAACGUGAAAACCUUGCAGCGCAUACAAGCAAGAAGAUGCACCAAUUUGUGUGUAGUAAAUAGGGAUGGGACAUGAGAGGUAAAAGUGUCAAAGGAAAUAAAAGGAAAUAUGUCUACUUUUUUAUUUUUACUCGUUAGUCGAGCUUGCUUAAGCUGCGAGACUCAAGCGUUUCUCUUUUUUUGUCGUGUGUGCGCGCCAAAAUGGGGUGGUGGCGGGGGCAUGGGGGGUUGGGUGGUGGUCGAGUAUGAUGAAUGUGAGAAGGUUUUUUCUGGCCGGGUGCUGUAAACUUUCAUUUUAGGCAAAUGAGUCUUGUGAUGAGCAUGCAGUUUAUUUUCGGCGAUGUUCAUUACGUAUUUGCUUUCUAGCAAUGACGUAAUUUUUUCGAAUCCAUACCCUUGAGUUUCGUGUAUUUAUACACGCGUGCGCAAUCAAUUCGGAAGCAAAUCGUCGAAUACGAUAAAAAAGUAGAUAUCGUGAACAAUACUGGACCGUCGAUAAAGUAGAACGUAAAAGAUUUUUAGCGAGGAAUAAUGUAGAAUUAGUCGCCUCUCCGGAUUUCUUAUCUUUUCUCCAAGCAAGGGAGACUUGCCGCUUUUAUAUUAAGAGCGUCCUUGUUUUAGUAGGUGUGACUAGUCAUUUGUGAUAACUGUGCAAAAAGGCUUAAUAAGUUAUGAUGAAUUUUUUUUUCCUGUAAGGGGUCCGAGGGAACCAAGAAACUUCCUGAUGGAGUUACAAUCCACACAACAAUGGGUGAUAUUACAAUAAAACUGUUCCCAAAAGAGUAAGUGUGUUUUACCUUACGUCUUUGUAUAAUUACUCCACUGAUUAUAGUGAUUCGCGCUCUCUGAUUGGUCGAGGAUUGCGUCCUUUUUAGCAGUUAUUCUCUGAAAUCGAGGUGAAUCGUGGCAAAAUAUUUGCUUGAAUAUUUUUCCCUUCAGUUAUAAUAAUAUGCACGGCACAUGACCCCUACCUAGGGAACAAUUUUUCAGUCCUCUUCGUCAUUUCUUGUUCCGGUGUAAAUGCUUGUAACAGUUAGUAAUUUCGCUCUUUUUUGAUAGGUGUCCUAAGACGGUGGAGAACUUCUCAACACACUGUGAGAAUGGCUACUACAAUACACAUAUAUUUCAUCGCGUUAUUCAUGAGUUUAUGAUCCAGACUGGAGACCCAGAAGGUCAAUAUUAACAAUCAAAAGAAAUAAUGAAUAACAUACGUGUGUACGAACUUCCAAAAAACACUUUCUUUUAGUAAAAUAUACUUUCCGAAGUCAUCACGAAACCCGUCUAUUAUUGAGUUGUAUUCACUCUUUUAUUUGUGUGUAUACUAAUUGAAUGGAAUAAGGGUACUAAUGGACAAAAAAGUGGGUACGAAUCGACCUGUUUCCUUCUUUCAAGCAGCCUUUCCUUGUUGGCUGCGUUGCGUGCAAGACAUAGUUUGACUGCGUGAGAGACGAAUGUUACCGACGUUUCACACGGUAACUCGUCUACAAACCUUUUUCUCAUUCUGUUUUCGCGGGUAAACUUUGGCGGUUUUCAAACAGUGGCUUUUUAUCUUAAACAAGAAAAGUACUUCCUGCAGGCUCCAUUGCAUUGCUGGUUUGGAGGUGACGUCACGGCGACCGUGUUGGUGGUCAAGAACCUGUGAAGUGAACUCCAUUUUUAUUUAAAUUCUUUCUGUAUUGUCCACCAACAUGGCUGCCUUGUCACGUGUUUUCAAGCCAAGAAUUAGCCGAAGUGGUUACCAAAAUACAACUGUUCUGAGGAGGAUUAUUAUGUCUUUUAGGGGAUGGUACUGGUGGAGAGUCCAUCUGGGGUGGAGAAUUCGAGGACGAGUUUCACCGGAAUUUAAGACAUGAUCGGGCGUACACAGUCAGCAUGGCCAAUGCAGGACCCAACACAAACGGCUCGCAGUUUUUCAUUACUGUGGUACCAACGGUAAGGAAAAUCAAAGUAGCAGCCUUAACCGGCAGUGUGCAUGAUAUUUGUCUUACGAACUUAGUUUAUUGGCCUUAGUUUCCAUAAGCUUCCUGUUGCUCAGGGUAGAGUAUCUGGACAAGUAUCCACAAGGUAGUGGUCACCAGUAGAGAUUUCAAGAGCGCGAGAAACUCGCUUUAUGAAGUCAGCCUUGUAAUACGUUUUUAAUAUGGUCUCUGUUUCGCUUAUAUUUUUUAAUAACUUAACAUUUACGUGGUCGCUUUUUACACAUAGAAGAAACUUUUAUCUUCGGAAUGAAAAACCGCGCGUUUAAAAAUGGCGUUGUCAGUACAACAGAAUAUUUUUAGAAAACACAACAAAUUCUCAGGUUGGCGGGAAAAUCAUUAUCGUGGGACACUUGUUUGACUUUCGUGUCUAUUAUUAGUCUCCUUUGGAGCCGUUAUUUGUGUCGAGGAGCGUCGCGUCACGACACAAGAAACUGCUGCGUAGGAGACUAGUAUAUACAACACCUUUUACGAAGGUCCCUUCCGAGAUUUUGGAUUGUUAUGUCGACGGCGUUAAAAUGUUCGCAGUCCUCAACUUAAUUCUUCCUUUUUCAUUAUUUGAUGAACGCGCGAAAUACCUCUACCUCCUAGCCCUUGGCGCUCCUUUCAAUUGUUCUCCGUUCAGCAUAAGGGGCUGUGUCACCAAGAUAUUGCUAUUUUAGGUUAAUUAUGUUCUGAAGUCAUUAUUCAGCGUUUUUAUCCCAUACACAUAAUGAUCCUGUAGAGUUAUGAAGUAGACAUCUUACAAAUUUUAUCAGGAAGCACUAACCAUAGUUAUUUUUUUCUUUGGGAGGGUGGUGGAUAUUUUGCGGGCAUAGCAUAAAAGGUUCAAAACGUUGGUCCAACUUUUUCAAGUCUAAAUCCAUGUCCAUCCUUGCCAUCCGUUGCAACAGACGAUAGAAAACAGUUUCAAUGCCUAAAUAUAGUGUUACAUAAUAAAACUGGAUCAUUAUUUGCGGAAUUCAAUGAUGGGAAAAUAGUUUUAGCUUUAUGAAAAGACAGGAAAUAGCGUGAAGUGUAGCCCCUUUAAGUUGAGAAAAUAGAGGGGCUGGGAACAGUUUAAUGUGUUGUAUCCAGAAUUUAUAUCAUUUGGGUAAUUUUACAUCAUUGUAGAUGAUGCUACAUCUAUGAUUGCACCGUCGGAGGUUGUUUAGCUCUUUGAUGUAUGAUCGACUUAUUUUUAUUUCAGCCUUGGCUGGACAACAAGCACACCGUAUUUGGACGUGUUGUAAAGGGAAUGGACGUGGUGAUGGCCAUCAGCAAAGUCAAAACAAACCCUAAGAACGAUAAACCAUAUGAAGACAUCAAGAUCUUAAACAUCAAAGUCAAGGGUUGAAUCCUCAACUCCAAAAACAAUCAAUUCAUCUUCUACAACCGAAGACAAGUCGGGGACAGAAGCUGAACGAGUGCAUACCGGCAUAAGAGCUAAACGAUCUAUAUUCAAUAGGCUACCACUAAAGGAAACGCUCUCAUCUCGGAAGAACAUGUCCAGUACGUUACACGUUAUAACAGCGGAAGCAGUUAAACGUCCUUUUCGUUGAACUAGUGCUUGCUUUUAUGAGUGGCGUCAUUGAUGCGAGUUCUUAAAAUUAACGUUCCAGAUGUGGGUGGCACGCCAAGUAGCACUCCAUAGGUUAAAAAGCCCUGCGCGAUUGAAACGAUUGAAACGCAGCAUCGUUGAAAACGAUAAAAGUGGGCACCGUACAAUUGGAAACGCUUCUCUAAGAACAACUUCUGAUGCAGUACACCAAGAUUUAUUUUCAACCUAACAAUGAACACGGUAACGGCCAGCUGGAACUGCGAAGAACAAACAGCCUUCAUUUUGUUAUGCCUGACUAAGAGGACAUGAAAAGAAGAACAUAAGUUGCGACGUGGUUUAAUGGAAAAUGUAGUUUUCAAUUAGCAAAGAAAUUUUAGGAAUGUUAGUCAAGUUUAGGCCCUUUUUUAUCAUUGCAUGCAUGUGUAAGAGUUUCGCAGAAUUUCCAACUUACGUGCAAACAUAUUGGGAGCUUAACAACAUGCUUUGGUUCAAUGUUAUCCUGGAUGCCAAUUUUAGUUCCCUUGUUUUAAACUCGUUACCAUUUGAAAGCCAUACCCAGCAGUCUAAUUCAGAGAUGAAAUAGCCCAGGUUCGGUUCCAUGUUCGAUAUAUUAAAAUUCUAGCAUGACUUUAAGGCUUUCUGGUCAUAUUUCUAUGUUUGGUUUUCUUUGUGCUCAAGUCUCUUCUAAGAAUUGCAAAGACAAUGGAGUCGUAAACCCUCACCUUAACCCAUAAACCUUAAAACACGAAAUGUAUUGCAAUAGAUAAUUAAAUAAUUUCUUUUAUUAUUCAUUCAAAAUAUUCUGCCGUUUCUGAGUGUCUUUGAAGGGGCUCUGCCACGGCUGUCUAGAUCAUUUUAUUACUGCAAAUUACGCGGCCUUCAUCGUUAUGGACAAAAUCACUGCUUUGUGUCAGAAAGAGGUCUCGGAAGCUUUAUUAUUCAGGUUCUCCAAACAACAAAAAUGUACUCUGAAAAACUAGCAAUUUCUCUGCACCCACGAUUUUGAAAAAAAAAAACGUUCACGUUCGGAAAUUAUGCCGAGAAACAGGUCAAUGUGUUAAGGAAAGUCCACGAGGAGUUAAUGUUGGUAAGACUUUAUGAAAAUCAUUGAAUUUGGCUUUCGGGUGAUGUGAGGAAUUGUGCAGAUUGUGGAGGCUGCUAUCCGCCACAGCUGAACACAUUUCUCGAUGUGCAUAAUUCUUCAUGUCAUUCUCAGCCUCAUUCAAUAAUUGUUGUUUCGCUGUGAUUGGUUGAAUUUUGCGGGCUGUGUUCUACUGUAUGGUCCAUUAUAUUUGAAAGUUUUCUUUUCCCGCGCUCCUGAAUAACCUCAGACAUGCGUCUGCUUUAAAAUAUCUUACUAACCUCGUUUUCUUUGUCUAUUCGUUAAGUUACGGACCGAGUUUUUUCGCCGUUGAUUAAUGAUUUAACUUCCAGCACGGACCUAGAAAUCGGUUAGUAUAGUGGUAGAGAAACAGCAGUUCAGGGCAGACCGUCUAAAAAAGCAUGGGUUUACACGCACGCUUUACUAAAAAUUCACUUUAAUACCUU